GAUUCUUCAGACUUCCGAAAAAAAACUACUCAGGUGGAAUAUUCCAGAUCCGUGUUGUCAUAGCUACACAAAGGCUUUGUCUCACAUAUUUUGGCACAUCCUUGCUGGUCCCAGAGAGUCCAGAGAGUUACGCACAUCUCAGCAUCCCCGAUCUCGCCGUUGCAGUCUCGCGGCUAAUCGUUUCUCUCCCCCGUAAGAUGGAGGCACUGCUGGAUCAGUGGCUAUGGCGACAAGAGUACUGGUUACCCCCUGGAUUCACCUGGAAGGACAUCGAAACCAGGGGGAAGUCGCGUUAUCCUCUGCCCCGUGACCUUUGGAUCACCUUUCCCCUGGCCCUAGGAUUCAUCGUUCUCCGUUACGUCUUCGAGAGGGUAGUGGCACUCCCCUUAAGCAGACAGCUGGGUGUACGGGAUCGAAUCCGGGUUCGAGCCUCACCUGUUCCAAAACUGGAGGCCUUUUACACCCAGAGGUGCCGUCAGCCUUCCCAGAGUGAGAUGGUAACCUUGGCCCAGCAGUGCGGCUUCACUCACAGACGGACCGAGACGUGGUUCUGUCGCCGCAGAAACCAGGACAGGCCCCACAACACCAAGAAGUUCUGCGAGGCGUGCUGGAGGUUUGUCUUCUACCUUGUUGCUUUCUUGGCUGGUCUUGCAUCUCUGAUUGAUAAACCCUGGUUUUGGGAUUCAAAGGAGUGUUGGACCGGAUAUCCCCACCAAGCUAUUUCCCGGGCUCAGUACUGGUAUUACGCUGCGGAGCUUGGCUUCUACUGGUCACUGCUGCUGUGCAUUUCUGUGGACGUCAAGCGGAAAGAUUUUAAAGAGCAGAUCAUUCACCACAUUGCCACCAUUUUCCUGAUUGGAUUAUCUUACUGCGGCAACUACGUGCGCGUCGGAACCCUUGUGAUGCUUGUUCACGACUCCUCGGAUUUCCUGAUGGAGUCUGCCAAGAUGGUCAACUAUGCCGGCUGGAGGAAGACCUGUGAUACCUUGUUUGUCGCCUUCGCUGCCGUCUUCCUGGUCACGCGGCUGGUGGUAUUUCCAUUCAAAGUCAUCCACUCAACCCUUUUCUCGUUCCGGGAUUCGUUCGACCCCUUCUUUGGCUACUACUUCUUCAACGGCCUUCUGCUGGUCCUGCAGGCUCUCCACAUCUUCUGGGCGUGGCUGAUCAUCCGCAUGAUCUACAAAUUCGUCUUCAAGGGCAAGGUGGAGCGCGAUGAACGCAGUGAUGAGGAGAGCGAGGUUGAGGAGGAGGACGAGGACCAGGAGAUGGGUGACGAAGAUGACGACAGAGAAGAGUCUAGCUGGGACCAAAGAAAAGAUGCUCUUAAUUCCAAAUUCACAGCACUGGCUGACAACUGUGUCCUCAAAAACCUAACCAAACAGAGGAACAGUGCAAGUAGCAGAUUUCCUAAAGCCAGAUAGUAUUACUCUCCCAGACUAUAAAAUAUAUGCUUCCCCAUUACUGUCUGAAUAUUACAUACUAAGCACUUGUAUGGCUCUUUUAACUUAUAUGAGAUGGUCCACUGGAUGGUUCACUGUUUCAAAAAAUAGUAACUUUUAAUCAUGAUUUUAUUUGGCCUUCUGUAUAUGAUUAUGCUUAUUGGCCUCUUAACAAUGUGGCAUAUUUGUUUGUCCCAAGCUUCACCUGUUUUGGUCUGCAGUUUGUUUUAUAUGGAGAAUCACCAAAAAUGGUAUACUGUGUGUUAACAUGCUGAAUGACAUAGCGCAGCAAACAGAUUAGGGAGUGGAAUCUGUGUUUCUGCCUUUAUGUGGCAUUUCAUUUACUGUGAUCUACAGAAUCAACGAAUCUGCCUUGCACCGGAUCCAUAGAAGUGGCACAAAGCAAUUCAUAAGGGGUUUCCUUUAAUAACUUCACUACAAAGAUGACCUUGAUUUUUUUUUAGUUUUUAUGGUUCAGUUUAGAACACGCAGGUGUACAUUAUCAAUAAUUGGAAAAUGAUUCACUUGACAUAGUUCUUGGAAUAGUGUCAUGACAACAUUACAUGUCGUUUAGCUGAUGCUUUUAUCCAAAGAGACUUACAGUUGAUUAGACUAAGCAGGAGACAGCCCUGGAGCCCAGCAGCUGUGUGGAUCUUAUCGUGGCUACACCAGGGAUCGAACCACUGACUACUGAACUGUAUGUAUUUUACAUAAUCACAUAAGCUGAACUGGGUGACUGAGUUUGGUGUACUAAGCCAUUAUUAAGGUUUUGAAAUGUGCCUAUUGCACUUUUCACCGAUUUGCCUGUGCUGUCAGGGCAGUGACAAUGUAAUAUCAGAGCUCCCCCUAGUGAGGGGUAUGGGGAGCUGCAACUUGGCAGGUAAAUGCUGCUCAGUAAUUUGAGCCACUACCUUUCAAAAAGAGGAUAAAGUAUGGACAAUUACUAUUGCCAUUAUUAUUUAUUUACACUUUGUUGUUAAUUUGCUUAUAAUGUAUACUUCUCACCUGAAUCCAUUCCAGUAAGCUUUGAUCUUCCAGUUUAUGCGUGUUUAAAAUAGACAGGGCAAAUACAACUAAACAUAUGGGUUAAGGGCUAGAAUAGGCUUUUGCUGUAUGAUAUGGAUGAGAUAAAAAUGACUUGCUGGUUUGCAUAAAUACAAGGCAAUUUGUGACAGGAGAUAGUUACCAGGAGAAUUCUUCUCAGACUGUUUUUUUUGGGACACUGCUAUGAGGAUAUAUUAUUUAUAUGAAUUUGCUAUUAAAUGUAGCUGCCUAUUUUAUGUCGACUGCCAUGUUUGCACCAUUUUUCUAAAGAAAAUAUUUGAUACUGCUUUUUAUUUCUUUGCUUACAUUGUAGAAAUCCUUUUGUUCUGAAUCAAAUGUGCAUUGUGCUUUGACUAUGAUAAAUCAGUAUAAGCCAAAAAGUAAAAGCAAAGAAAGAUACUGACAUGUAAUUAUUUUAUACUGUAUAUUUUGUUUUUCAGCAAUUCACAAUACAAAAAAAUAGAGAAUGUGAAUGUCAUUCAGAUGUGUUACAUACAGGUAUACACAAUUGAGACUUGAGUGACCUCCAAGGUUGUGAUUUUCUCAUAUAGUUACUACUUUUAUUCAGUUUAUGCUUAUUGAUAUAUAACACCUACCAUGCUUUUCCACUGUCCAUUUUUCUAUUGAAAUCAGUUUAUUGGAUUUGGCUGUUUUUUGUUUUUAAACUAGAUCUGUUACAUUUGAUCUCUGUGACCAACAGGUGUUUUAAAACAGUUUAAAUAUGAAACCUCAUCCCUCACGGCAAUUAUUGUACAAUUAUUGUAAGUCUGCUAUAACAAUGACCCAGACACUAAGAUGAGAUUAGUCUAUAUUGUUCUAGAAUUUAAAUUUUAAAAGAAUGUAAAAAGCACAUCACAGAAGUGUUUUCUCUCUGUGACCUGUGUAAUAUUAAUAAAUACAUUUUGGCUAAAUUGA